AAAAACUCGCAGGCUGUUGUGGAAAAACAUUGUUUAAAAUUAUUAUAAAAUAAAAAAGCAAAAAUAUAUACUAAAGAAAAGUCCAAUCGAUUCGGUCACUAGCUCUACUCACGCAACAUGGCGUGUCCAUUCUUCCGUCGCGCCGACUCUUUGACGCGACAGCCAUCGGUUAUUGCUGAGCCGGGCGCCCAUUGGAAUUUGGAGGAUGAGGAGCUGUCGACGGCAGAUGAUGCACUGACAUUAACCCAUUUACAAAUGGCCAUACAGCUGUUGACGGCGCCAUCGAAUGAAGAUCUCAAUUUAGCUGUCACCUCUUUGGUGGCCAAGUAUCGUCAAAGCUGGCCAAACAUUCAUAAGCUCAAACUGGAUCCGAAGACCUUUAAGGACUGCGCUAAUUAUGACUACCUAGGCGAUAUACAGGAGCUGCUGCUUAAGAUGGAUGAGGCAAGUGCCAGCGAAAUUCUAGUUCUGCUGGGCGAGGAGUUGAUUACCUGUUGCUGCACUGGGAUCAUAGAGCGCGCCUUUCGUUGCCUGGGCACUGAUUUGCAAGAGUUUUUGGGCUCAUUGGAUGGCGUCUAUGAUGUGCUUAAGCUACAAGAGGACGAUGUCACCGAUACUGGCUUUGUCUGCGCUGGCGAUGGAGAGCUGAUCUUCACCUCAGAGCGUCCAGUAAUCGCCUGGCUGCUGUUGGGCUCACUCAAGGCGCUGACUCGCAUGCUGUACAAGGUGGAUGUGAACAUCAAAAUCGAACCAGUUGAGGGUGAUGGACGACGCUAUCGCUAUCUAUUCUCACUUGUUAAGGAAAGUUCGCAGACCUUGCAGCUAGGACGCCCUGUGGCUGAAAUAAAGCUACAUGAGACUCCGCAGCGUAGCAACUCGGCCAAUGCUGCUGAUUUGCAAAUGAAUUCUUCCAGCUUCUGUAAAAUGUUUCCCUGGCAUUUUAUUAUGAACGAGCAGCUGGAGCUGGUGCAACUGGGACGUGGCUUUAGCAAGCUAUACAAGCCCUAUUUGGCAGAAUUUGGCUGCCAGGCUAGCACCUAUUUUGAUUUCAGGCGUCCCAAGGGCUUGAAUCUUAAGUUCCGUGACAUUGUGCGUCGCACCUACACGCCCUUCUUGAUUGGCCUUAACAGCCCACCUGGCGUAAGCGACUUUCCAGCUCUGGGCUUGGAGCUAAAGGGCCAGAUGGUACACUGUCCCGAAUCCAAUUCACUGCUCUUUAUUGGCUCACCGUUCUUGGACGGCUUGGAUGGCCUUACUUGCAAUGGGCUCUUCAUAUCUGAUAUACCCUUGCAUGAUGCAACUCGUGAGGUCAUCUUGGUGGGCGAGCAGGCACGUGCUCAGGAUGGUCUGCGUCGUCGCAUGGACAAGCUUAAAAGCCGCAUUGAGGAAGCCAACUCGGCCGUAACCAAGGAGCGUAAGAAGAACGUCAGUCUCUUGCAUCUAAUCUUUCCAGCUGAGAUCGCUGAGAAGUUAUGGCUAGGGUCAUCUAUUGAUGCCAAGACCUAUCCAGAUGUGACCAUACUCUUCAGCGAUAUUGUCGGCUUUACCAGCAUUUGCUCGCGCGCCACACCAUUUAUGGUUAUCAACAUGCUGGAAGCAUUGUACAAGGACUUUGAUGAGUUUUGCGAUUUGUUUGAUGUUUACAAAGUGGAGACCAUUGGUGAUGCCUACUGCGUGGCCAGCGGCUUGCAUCGUGCAUCCAUCUAUGAUGCCCACAAGGUCGCCUGGAUGGCACUGAAGAUGAUUAGCGCUUGCCGCAAGCACAUUACACACGAUGGCGAACAAAUCAAAAUGCGCAUUGGCCUACACACUGGCACUGUGCUGGCGGGCGUGGUUGGACGCAAGAUGCCGCGAUAUUGUCUCUUUGGUCACAAUGUAACCAUUGCCAAUAAGUUCGAGUCCAGCAGCGAGGCUUUGAAGAUCAAUGUUAGCCCCACAACUAAAACCUGGCUGACCAAGCAUGACGACCAUGUUUUUGAUCUACAACCCCGCGAUCCCGCUUGCCUGCCCAAAGAGUUUCCAAAAUCCCAUGGCAAUGGCACCUGCUACUUCAUGGAAGGCUAUCGCAACCCCAACCUGGGCAGCGACUUGUCGAUCGAUGAACAGAUUGACGCUGCCAUGAAGAUCAUAUCCGAGGGUGGUGAUGCAUAAGUCGCUUGCUAGUUACUUGCUCAGUAGUCUUAUCUAAAUCUUACAAUUAGUUCAAUGCACAAUGUAGUCUAAUUCUGUUCUGCCCUCUCUUGCAAAGCGU